GACACAAGUGCCUCUGGUAUUUAUCAUGGCUGGCUCGGACGAUACUACUGACCUAGGAAGUGUGAACAGAUUUCUUUAGCAUAACUGAGAACUUUCUUUAGCCUAAUGCGGUACCAGAUAUAAAAAAUAAAUAAAACACUGUAAAAUGUGUAUCUUUCAAAACUACACUUUUGUGCCUGUAUGGCAAACGGAAAUUUCUUAAAGAUCUAUGGAGCUACUGUGUUGGCUACAAACACUAAUCACCUGAGUGUCGGAGGUGAUGAAACCAAAGCUGACCCGCCUUGUUUGUUCUGACUCCGCCUUCUCAGCACAAUUCUCCAAUCGGGACCUGUAGUAGGCGGGGCUAACUUGCUGAGCAGGAAAGAUCCUGUAAAUCUUAACCAGGUAGAGUUCCAGACACCCAGAUCCUUAUUGGAGAAGCGAGCUGAUCAGACACAAGCAGCUGCACAGUCUCUGAAACUCGCCAGCUUUCUUUCUGCUCCAAUAAAGGACCGCGUUGCCUCAAAGCAGAUCUGCUCCUCUGAAAAGGUUACCCACCUCCGAACCAGCCCCCGUACCCAGUUCCACAGCCCGGGGGAUACUCUGUGCCCCCCUACCCCAUGGCUCAGCCCGGAUAUGGAGAUCCUACCCAGCCCGCCCCCCCUCCAGGAUUCAGUGUCUACCCUCAGCCCGGGGGCUACCAGCCUUCCCCUCAACCUCAGCCUGGGGGCUACCAAGGCCCCCCUCCCCAUGGCUACCAGCCCUCCCCUCAACCUCAGCCUGGGGCCCCCCCUCCCCAUGGCUACCAGCCUGCCCCUAUCGCACAACCCGGGGGCUACCAACCAGGUCCGCUGAGCCCCCCACACGGGUACCAGCCUGCCCCCACCAAUCCUGGGCCCUCCCCGGCACACGAUCCCCACAACAAGGUCACCCCCUACUCUGCCGUGCCCAUCGGCGUGCCCCCAGGACUGGAGUACCUCACACAGAUCGAUCAGAUCCUGGUUCACCAGAAGGUUGAACUCCUUGAAGCAUUCAUCGGCUUCGAGACCAACAACAAAUACGAAAUCAAGAACAGCAUGGGCCAGAAGAUCUACAAGGCCACCGAGAAGAACGACUGCUGCACACGCAACUGCUGCGGCUCCCUGCGCCACUUCAACAUGAAGAUCACCGACAACAACGACCAGGAGGUCAUCCACCUGGUGCGGCCCUACAAGUGCGCCAGCUGCUGGUGCCCCUGCUGCUUGCAAGAGUUGGAGGUUCAGGCUCCGCGGGGCACCACGAUUGGCUACGUGGUUCAGACGUGGCACCCCUUCCUGCCCAAGUUCUCCAUUCAGAACGCCUCGAGGGAGACCGUCAUGAGGGUGGUGGGGCCCUGCUUCGCCUGCAACUGCUGCGGAGACAUCAACUUCGAGUUGAAGACGAAGGACGAGAGUGCCAGUGUGGGUCGGAUCAGUAAGCAGUGGAGCGGGCUGCUGAAGGAGGUCUUCACCGACACGGAUAACUUCGGGAUUCAGUUUCCCCUGGAUCUGGACGUGAAGAUGAAGGCGGUGCUGCUGGGAGCCUGCUUCCUCAUCGACUUCAUGUUCUUCGAGAAGACUGGAGAAAUGUCCCAGCGCAACACCGUCCUCUCCUGAGAGGAAGAAAGGACCAAGCCGCGCCAAAACCAACACAACAUUAUUUUAAAAAGAAAAUAUCCCAGACUCCUUUUCAAAAGCGUGCGGCACCGCUCUCAAACAACCAAACCAAACGGGCGAAAUCGCAGAAGGAAACCUCGCUUCCACACAAUCAGGUGGAUUUAAUCCAUUUAUAUUCUGAUCAGGGAGUGUUGUUUUUAGAGCGUUUCGCAGCCCUGGGGGGGGGGGGGGGGGGGGUCAGUCUGCUUUUCCCAAAUUACAAAUCAAUUCAGGGUGAUUCAGCAGUGCUGUAAAAUACUCUAAUAUCAUCCACUUGUGUCUUAUCAGGGGUACAGGCUGAUCAAAUCAAUUAGUUAGCAUGGAGAAAUAUCUACUACCCGGCCACUUUAUUAGGACCUGUGUGUCCCCCCCCCCCCCCCUCCGAUUUGGCAUGGCCCUGGUGGGGGGCAUGUUCUCCUGGUAUACCCCGGGGGCCCUUGAUGACUCUGGAAGGCUGAACCAAUAGUUUACUGAAGCAUCCAGUCCAGCCAACAAUGCUGAGCCCUGAUGGCUGCUUUCAAUAACGCCCCCCUCCACUGAGCCAGAAUGGAUUGAGGAUCACGACAGAGACUUCUUCCACGGACACCACAGCGAUCUCAAUCCGACUGUGUGAAGGAUUCGUCAUCCCGAUCCUCUGCCGGCCUCUCUGCACUCAAUAUUAACGAGGGAACGGAUCUUCCAGCGCCUUGUGGAGUCUGGGUCACGUCAGGGCUGUGAUCGGGGUGACCCGAUAUUAGGGGCAGGUCCUAAUAAAGUGUCCGGGGCAGUGAAUAUCCCAGUGUAUAGAUCAGCUUAUCCAAUAGUGUAUUGUGCUAUUUUCCCAUUGUUUCUGAUGCAUUGAUACAGGUGUGUGGUGAAAGUCACUGACCAUUUUGAAUUGGGGGAGGUGUAACUGUACACUAAUAUCACGAUAUGAUGCAUCUCACAAUAUGCAGGUCGUGAUACGAUGCCCUCUAUGCAGCCAACUAUUGCGAUAUGUCUUGUAAAGAGAGUACCCCGAUUCGUCAAUGCGCCGUGAAGCGUACCCCCUCUUAGUUUUGAACGCUUUACAGUUUUCUAUCCACAGGAGUAAAAUACAUGUGCGUUUUUUUUAAUACAGCAAGUCAAUUGAUUUUUUAAAAAAAUAAAACAUUUUUCUGCCCUUUUUCUCAGCCUGGGCAAAAUACAAGACCGUGUACAAGUUGCCUUACAGAGUAGUUUAUAUAAUGUACAUUUUCCUAAUGAGAGGGAGUAGCUUCAAAUUGAAUAGCCUGUGAUUAAUGACCCCCCCCCCCCCGCCUUUUUAAGCCGUGCCAACCUGUGGUUCUAAUUGCAGUUCCUCCUGUACUGAACGCUUUGACUGCUCUUCAGACCUCAGUGCCUGCCUCAGAGAUAGAACGUAUACUAGAUCAGCCUUUAAAGACGCGGGAGACAGCGCCAUCUAGUGGUCUGCUGCUCCGUGUGAAUGUUAUGGAAUACACUAGCUAUGUGCUAGAGCAGCGAUUCCCAACCCCAGUCCUGGGGACCCCCCUGCUGUGUCGUCUGGUUUUCAUUCCAACUGUGCUCUCAGUUACUGAACUAGACUCUUAAUUGAACUAGUAAGCAGCCUAAUUAGGCUUUUUUAAAAUUUAAUUUCAGCUCUCCCCAGGAAUCAUUGCAAACACCCUAAAAAGACGUCCUGUUAAUUUGAAGCUGCUUGCGAUAUGAUUUAAAAUCGGAUUAUGUGUUUUGAGUCUACUGCUAGACUUCUGAAAAGACUCCUCCGAGCAGACGUGGGGAAGCUGAUUAGCGUCGCGCUGUACUCAGAAGCCUGUGUAACCCUUAUAUCCCCCCCCCCCCCCCCCCCCCACCUUGCUUCCGAAGGUUAUCGCAAGGAAUUCUUGCUGGAAUAGUCGGUAAGCAUUGUAAAAAAAUAUAUAUAUAUAAUUUGAGCAGAAGAAUGACGAGAGAAUCAUACAGACUGUGUACAGAGUGGCAGUUUUCUGUAGUUUCACUUUUUAAUGACUCUUGAUUUUUAAACCAGUGUGUCUGUUUAAGUUUGCAGCGAACCCUUUUUUUUAAUGCCUGUUUUUAUCGUUUCGAAGGAGAUCGAGGCUCAGUUCAGCCUCUUCUACGCAGGCAUCCUUUGACACAUUGCUUCUGUGUGGUGUUUCAUGCAUUCAGUUGCAGACUGGAGCUACCCUUUUUAAUAAAAGUUUCUCGUUGUAAUAAAGCCUAGUGAAAGCAUAGUAACAGCAUAACCAAAUGUAGUAAAGCAUAGCGAAGUGCAAUAAAGCAGAGAUGAUCAUUGUAAAGCCCAGAGAGGUACAGUAAAGCAUGUUAAAAAAAACAAAAACCAAGCCAUUUCCCAGUGAUAAUUACUUUGAUGCCAACUGGAAUUCUUGCAGUGCUCCAGAACCCCCGUGCAGUGCUCCAGAACCCCCGUGCAGUGUUCCAGAACCCCCGUGCAGUGUUCCAGCACACUCCAACACAAACAGCCACACGCACACACACUGACACACACUGACACACACGCCAGUGUUUCAAAAGCGCUGCAUUCGUGGGUUUGUGUAACAGAGAGUAUUUCACUUCCUUACAGUAACUUUGAGAUUUUUAUUUUUUUUUGCUUUUCCUCCUAAACCUGUUGCGCUGACGCUCUUGUAAAUGCAUAAAAUAAUAAUAAAAAGAUUGCUUUGCAAUAACGUACAGACCGCAUUAAUUGCAUCGACACUAUUUAUUUGAGAAGUGUGAAACUGUUCUAAUAUGUUUUGCUAAGUCUGUGCUGUUUUGUCUGAAAGGAGCUGCUCUCCGUUCAUGUUGCCUGCCAUAAAUAUUAUGCAGGCUAGAUCAGCCAAAAGUGCGCCAUCUAGAGCACAGCUAGUGUAUUGCCAGCCAAACUUAGCAGAACACUAGAUGGCGCUGUCUCUUGCUUCUAUAAAGGAUGACCUGGAGCACCCCCUGUGUCUGCUGGUUUUCAUUCCAGCUGAGCUCUCAAUUACUUAACUAGACCCUUCAUUGAACUGAUAAUUAGCUUAAUUCUGUGUGGUCCAGUGGUUAAAGAAAAGGGCUUGUAACCAGGAGGUCCCCGGUUCAAAUCCCACCUCAGCCACUGACUCAUUGUGUGACCCUGAGCAAGUCACUGAACCUCCUUGUGCUCCGUCUUUCGGGUGAGACGUAGCUGUAAGUGACUCUGCAGCUGAUGCAUAGUUCACACACCCUAGUCUCUGUAAGUCGCCUUGGAUAAAGGCGUCUGCUAAAUAAACAAAUAAUAAUAAUAAUAAAUAUUAUGCAGGCUAGAUCAGCCAAAAGUGCGCCAUCUAGAGCACAGCUAGUGUAUUGCCAGCCAAACUUGAUCCAAAGUGGCAGACAACUAGAUGGCGCUGUCUCUUGCUUCUAUAAAGGAUGACCUGGAGCACCCCCUGUGUCUGCUGGUUUUCAUUCCAACUGAGCUCUCAAUUACUUAACCAGACCCUUAAUUGAACUCAUAAUUAGCUUAAUUCAACCUUUUUAAUUGUUUUAAAAUUGGAACCAGUAGCAGAAUCCAUUCGCACAGGGAAUGAGUCCUCGGUUAGCAUUGUAAAGAUGUUAUUAGAUAUUUUAAAGCUACUUCACAUGCCUUAUGUAUUGCAGUUUGAAGUCCAGUGUCUUAUUUUAAUUGUAGUUUCUGUAGUUUUAAGUAAACAAAUGAAGUUGAUGUUUGUAAUUCUAAUAAAAAAUAAAACGGAUGUCUGUGUAAUAAAA